AUGGCUAAUGAGGCAGUACAAUUUUUUCAAAAACAAUUUCAUGAAGAAGUGGUUCCUACUGCAUUUGAUAUCAUUGAACAUGUACCACACAUGGUGGAUAUGGAACAGAAUCAAGAACUGCUGAGACAACCUACUGCAGAAGAGGUCAAACGGGCUGUGUAUGGGCUGAAUGGUGAUAGUGCUGGGGGUCCCGAUCGAUUUAAUGACUGUUUUUUUCAUAGUUGCUGGGAUAUAGUUGGAGAGGAUGUGGUGGAGAUGGUGAAGGCCAUCUUCAAUGGACAAGAUCUUCCUAGGUUUAUCACUCAUACAAACCUAGUAUUACUACCUAAGAAGAAAGGGGUGAUCGCAUUUUCAGACAUGAGGCCUAUUAGCCUUAGUAAUUUUAUCAACAAAGUAUUUUCAAGGGUUAUUCAUGAGAGAUUAGCUGGGCUCUUACCUAAUCUUAUAUCUGAUGAGCAAGCUGGCUUUGUGAAGGGCAGAAGUAUUGUAGAAAAUGUUCUAUUGACACAAGAGAUAAUCACUGAUAUAAGGUUAAGGACUAAGGCAGGACCAAAUGUAGUAAUUAAGCUGGAUAUGAUGAAGGCCUAUGAUAGACUUUCAUGGCUGUUUCUGACCAAAAUUCUGAGGAAAAUGGGCUUUUCUGAAAGAUUCAUUGGUUGGGUGUUUGAUGAAACUUCCUUGCAACUGAUAAUGCAAGUUUUGUCAACUUAUGAAGCAGCUUCAGGUCAAUUGAUUAACAAAGCAAAAUCUGCAGCCUAUAUGCAUCAUCUUACGAAUGAAACAGUGUUUAGCAAGGUUGAAAGAGUGUCUGGGAUCAGGAGGCAGGAGUUCCCAUUUACAUAUUUGGGAUACCCUAUUUUCUAUGCUAGGAGGAAGAUGGAAUAUUAUAAUGGACUCAUAAACAAGGUGCUGGAUAAACUGCAGUCUUGGAAGGGGAAAAUGUUGUCUAUAGGAGGCAAGGCUGUGUUGAUUUCUCAUGUUAUUCAGAGUAUGCCUAUUCACUUACUGUCAGCAGUUAAUGCACCAGCUUUUGUUAUCAAUAAAUUGCACAAACUCAUGGCAAGAUUUUUCUGGAGUAGUUCAACUGAAGGAGGUAGCAGGCAUUGGGCUUCUUGGGAUACAUUAUGCUUGCCAAAAAAAGAAGGAGGGAUUGGUUUUAGAUCUUUACAUGAUGUCUCUAAGGCAUUAUUUUGUAAGUUGUGGUGGAACUUCAGAACCAAACCAUCAUUGUGGAGUUUAUUUAUGAGCCAAAAAUACUGUAAGAAACUAAAUGCCAUUGUUGUUCCAUGGAGAAGAAAUGGCUCUCAUUUUUGGAGGAAAAUGUUAGAAUGCAGAGAUAAUAUUGAGCAUAAAAUUUUGUGGCAGCCAAAAAUGGGAUCUGCAUUAUUUUGGUUUGAGAAUUGGACUGGUUUGGGGGCUCUCUAUUUCAUAACACCACCAGACUUCUUAUGUGAUGAGUCAGUUCAAAAUGUAAUGAAGUAA